AUGCCGCUGAGGGCGCAACGGAGCCGCUGCCUUGGGGUGCUGCUGGUGGGGGUGCCGGUCUCCCUCUUCCUGUACUCCUGCCGCCUCACUCUGCGGACCCAGCACCUGCCUCCCCCCCUCCAGCCAAGCCUCCCCGCGUCCCGCCGCCAGUCCGUCACCUUGAGCGACGGGACCCUCACUUUCCCCCUCAACCUGAGCCGCUACGAAGCUGAGUUCCCCCACCUGCAGCACCACCCCUGCCGCGCCGUGAUCGCCGAGGCCGGCGUGUGCCGGCAUGUGCCGGGACCCCCCUUGCUCCUCUUGGCCGUGAAAUCCCAUCCUGCUUCCAGCGGGAGAAGGGCUGCCCUGAGACGCACCUGGGCUCGGCCAGGGGAGGCGGGGGGCUUCCGGCUGCAGCCCCUCUUCCUGAUGGCGAUGACCCCCGACGCCAGACACCUCCGCCUGGUCCAGCGGGAGAGCAGCGACUUCGGGGACGUGGUGCUGUGGGACUUCCUCGAAUCUCACCACAACCUCUCCCUCAAGGAGCGCUGCUUCCUCCAGUGGCUCCACCGGCACUGCCAGCAAGCGGUGUUCGUCUUCAAAGGGGACGACGAUCUCUUUAUGAACCCCGAGGCCCUGGCUGGAUACCUGCGGCACUUGCCCAACGCCUCCCUCUUCAUACACGGCAACAUCCAGCGCCACUCAGCUGUGAUGAGGCGGGGGAAGUACGGUGUCUCUCGCACCCUCUACCCUCUGGACCACUACCCCCACUUUGCUUCCGGCGGGGGGUUUGUCCUGCCCGGCUCCUCGCUCCCUGCCCUCUACCAGGCGUCGCUGCAGCUGCCCGUCUUCCCCCUUGACGACGUGUACUUGGGGUUCCUGGUCCUUGCAGCCGGCCUGCCCUUCUCCCACGACGAGCGCUUCAGAGUGUGGGGAGCCCCCAAGGACGAGCCGGAGGUGUUCCGGGAGUCCUUCACUGUCCACGGGGUCACCCCGGAGAGGAUGGAGGAAGUGUGGAAGGGACUCGGGAGCCCUCACCGAAGCGCCCGCCCUGGAGCCCUCGAUCAGGGAGGCUCCCCCCGAAGACAGGACUGA